AUGCCAGGAAGCACGUCCGGAUCGACCCAAGGCGACUCACACGACACGUGCGUAAUAUGUCUCUCCUCGGUAACAGAGAGGGCCAUCACCUCCCCAUGCAACCACUACACAUUUGACUUUGUAUGUCUGGUGUCCUGGUUGCAGCAACGGUCGACUUGCCCGCUAUGUAAAGCACGAGUCGUCGCCGUGCAGUACGACUGGCGCUCUCCGACCGACUACAAAAGCUAUGCUGUUCCUCACAGCCAGCCACCCAACGACUCAAGCGCACACUAUAGCCGAACCGACCGUCCUGGCUCCCUCUUCGCACCCUAUGGACUUCCCAGUAGACCUCGUGGUCCACGUCGUCCAUAUUCACCACCCAUCGAGGAUGUAGCGCUGCGCAAACGCAGAGAGGUGUACCAAAGACAGCUAUACUCGCUACACAUCGGCAGUAAUCGCUUCUCGGGAUAUCGCGACAUUUCUCCCCAAGUAAUUGCAAACUCUCCUGAGAUGCAGUCAAAAGCACGUACUUGGAUUCGUCGCGAACUCCGCGUCUUCACCUUCCUACACGCUGAUCCGGCGGAAUCGUCCUCUGUUGCGGCAACGACGAGCAGCAACGCUGAAUUUCUGUUAUCGUACAUCGUUUCCAUCUUGAAAAUGGUCGACAUCAAGGCCAGUAAUGGACACGCAGAGAACUUGUUGGCGGAACACUUAGGCCGAGAGAACAGUAAACUGUUUCUCCAUGAGUUGAAUGAUUGGCUAAGAAGCCCGUACACGAAAGUUGAAGCAUGGGAUCGGGAGGUCCAGUAUCACGAAGAUGUGGAGGCAGCCUAG